AUGGCCAUGCAGUCGAUGCGUCAUCGCUUCUACGACAUUUUAACCUCGACCGUGUCGGCCUUAAUUUUCACGGCACUCAUCACGGCCGCCUCGACGAUUUUUCGAGACCUGGUGCUGCACCCGCAGCCGGUCGUCUCGAACGUGCGUGUGACAAGCUCCACACCACUGUACCACGUGCGCAGGCUGACACUGCUGUCUCCGGAAGUGCCGGACGCAUCUACCUACUACCGCCCCGGCAGCGGCAGCGAUGGACACAGGACCUCGGAAAAGCAACUUCCGUCAAACAUUGUGAUCGUGGACACGGCAGAUCGCCCUGAGGACAGCGAGGAAGAUCGCAAGCGCAAGGCGUGGCAACGUCAGCACGUGCCGCAAGGCUUCAAACUCGGCAUUCGUACGAUCGAUCGUGUUGUGCUGUACCUAUCGGGCUCAGUGGACUUUUCCCCCUGCUGGGACUGGAACACGAAGGCCAUCUACGCAUCCUUUGUCGCGCGUUUCUCAUCAAAGACGGCGUCUCAGAACGACGUCGUCUUGCUCGAUGCGGUGCUGCGCCCGGUCUCGCUGUCGGCGCAGUUGGCGCGGUUAGCGGAGCUGCGUCGCCAAGAGCGGAGUGCUGCGCUGCCGGGAAGCGGCAGCGAGAGAACGGCGGCGGCAGCCGGGGCCCGAGCUGACGCGACGCAGAUGUUGACGGACGCAGAGCGGCAGCAGCUCGCUGCGUUUGAGGAGACACUCCGCAAUAACGACCACGAUCACCCCUCCCUUCACAUUGACCACAUCGACAAGCGACUCGUGUUGAAUGAAUCCUUCAAGUACUAUGUGGACGCCUUUGACGAUAUUUCUCUCGGCGGCAACACCGUGGAGGUGGUGCUGCGCUACCAGGUAAUGAGCUACUCCGGCUGGGCGCCCGUGCGAGAGGAUGCGCUUGGGCACCAGGUGAAGGUAAGAAUGCCAGAAAGUGCGCUGCAGUGGAAGUCGCAGGAGCGGUGGUGA